UUUUUGUUUCGCUUCCGAGUCUACCUAAUAUUUUUGUCAAUUUUCAUGUAUUGCAUACGGAAAAAAACGUUCUAACAAAUAUGAACUGAGUCUUGGAUAAGCUGGACAGCGGCUAAACAAACCAGAGGUCAGAGAAGAAAACAAGAUGGCGGCUGAGAAUGCUGCGCAGCUGUUCUCGAGGCUGGGAUCCAAGCAGUCGCUAGAUGGCCUCGAUAAAAAACUCUUUGUAGAUAUCCCUGAUGGUAUAAAGGCUGGAGAUGUCGUCGAGUUUUAUGGCAAAGAAGGCUGUGGAAAAACCGAAAUGUUGCUCCAUUUGGCCGCCAACUGUAUCAUGCCAAGGUCUUGGCAUGAACUGUAUUUAGGUGGUAAAGGCGUCAGCGUUAUAUUUAUAGACACGGACUACCAUUUCCAGAUACUGCGAUUGAUUGCUAUAAUGGAAUACAGAGUAAAAACAGCUUUUGAAAGACACGAAGAGAGACACAAAGAACAAACAAAUGAAAAGGACGUUAAAAUGAAAGACAUUGGAAAGACGGCAGAGAGUGAGACCCUGAUCAAGCAGUGCCUCACUCGAUUAUUUAUUGUACGCUGUAAUAGUAGUGUGGAACUACUUGCAACUUUACUAUCAAUGGAACAGUUGAUCAUUUGUAAACCUGAAAUUUGUGUCAUGAUGAUUGACAGCUUGAGUGCAUUUUAUUGGGUUGACAGAAGUUCUGGUGGUGAAAGUCUUCAGGACCAACAAGAAAAUAUUCGCAAAACCACAAGUGUUCUUUCCAGAUUUUCCAGGGAGAAUCACUUGGUUAUUUUUACCACUGUGCAUGCCAUUUUUGGAAAUAAUACAAAAGAAAUGAUGAGAAAUCAAGAUUAUUUAUGUAAGGCUUGGCAGCAGUCUGUCAAAUAUAGGUACAUGUUCACAAAACAGACUGAAUACGAUGGAAAGGCAUCACAGUUUUGCUCUGUGUAUGUUGUGCAGAGAACAUCACCAAAGACAGAGUCAAAGUCAAACAGAUUUCUUAUAGAGGAACAUGGUGUUGUAUUUAUUAGCUAAUGAAACACCAAUGUCCCUCUUAAUCCAAGUUCUGUCUACUGUUGUAGGGAUGUAAUAAACAAUUUCAUGUAA